CUGGUUACAUUCACUCAAGGAGAAAGACAUGUAGACUUCGGAGAAAGGAAUGACGACGAAUAGUCUAACAAGUCUGUGAUUGUUUGGUCAUGGUUUCUCAGAUCUUCCCUUAGUCGCAAUGAAUGAAGUUCAGGUAAGCGCGGUUGGCACUCCAUUAGUCACUCGGCACCGUCUGUAUCUACAAUCUCAGCCAGUGUGAAUGAGGACGUACCAUGCACCUGGAUAUACGCUGCUUUUUUAGUCCUAGUUUUAUCUAUUUUACUUACUGAGACCUUCAAAUCUGUUCUUUUAAUCUGUGAUCAUGAUUAAAAGUGAAAACAAAAGUGAACGGGCGCUGAGAAGUGCAUCUCCUCACAGGAAUGCCUAUAAAUCAGACUUCCAUUCCAUCAAAUGCUCAUUUGAUGGGAGCGCAUCAAUCAGCUCGACUUCACCCUUCUCCAAUGGAGGCAGUGACACCCAAGGCAGACCGUCAGGCAACAAAGUGAGCAAAAUAAAAAAUAUAUUCUUGCAAAUGGAUGGAAAACAGAAUCAAGACAGUCCCAAUAUCAGCAAACCCACGUCACCCAAAUUUCCACUGGAUUCCACCCCUUACAGGUCCAGCCUGAGUAGUGUUACCAGUCUAGAUUCAGCCUCCUUUGAGGCACGGAAAACAGAGGAUGUUUCCAUUGACAAAGCAGCACUGGCUGAGAAGUUCUCAAUGACCAGGAAGCUGUUUGAGAGUGGCCUUAAAGAGCAGUCUCCAACGGAGAGAUCUGGCUCUCCUAAAGUUAUCUGGCCUCAACUAGUGGAAAGACAAGACAGGAAAGUUUCAGUUACUGGAGAGAGAAAUGACAAACCUAAAGAGGUAGAGAAACAGGCAAAAGAAAGCGAGGACCAGGAAAAAGGAAAAAGUGAAAGUGAGCCACCACAUAAGCUGAAUAUGUUAAUGAAUGCCGGGCCAAUAUCCAGACGUCUGGAGAGUUUUAUGUUGGACAGUGAUAGUGAAUCGCUGUCAGCUGCUCCUUCCACUGAAUCCCAUAGUCCCAUUAGUCAUUCCCAGUCACCCUCCGCUGCUAGCGACCAUUCGGAUCCCCCUUCAUCACCAGACAGCUGUAGUUCCCCUACCUCUUAUUCACUAUGGGCUGAUUCUCCUGCUGAAAUGUGUUUGCCCAAGUUAAAUGGUUCAGAUUCACACAGUACCCCUUUGAAUGGAGUCUGUACGGAGAAGACAUUACAUAAUACUAGUUCCACAGUUGAAGAACAUAUUAAGUCCUCAGAAGAUACAGUCUCAUCAGAAGCCACUCUUCUGUAUACAAGCGAAAAGUUCCACCACUUGUCUGCUGGGAGUACCACUAGUCAUGCAUCUUUAGCUGAGGAUCCUGCAUUUCAAGAGCAGCAAGGUGAAGGCAAGAACACUGAGAAGGCUCCUGGUUUGUCCACGGUCAGAGCUGAGCUGGUGGUAGUGAAGACUGAAUCAUCUGAAAGCGAGGGCAAUGAGGAGGAACAUGUUGAGGAUGAUGUUUUUGAAGAGGCUGGAAGGGAGAACCAAUCCCCAAAUCACAAUUCUGAGAGGGUGUUAACCAACAGCGAGGAGCUCCAAUUAACAUUCCUUGGGAAGGAAUCAAAACAGAGUAUUAGGGAACAUGAGGAGGGAUGGAGGGCGUGUGAGGAAUCUGUACAGACUGGAAGAGAGGAAGACCAUAGAAGGGAGGGAAAGUUUCUUGAGGAGAACAUAAUGGAGAAGGAAGAUGAGGAGGAGGAGAUAAAAGACAAUGAGGAAGUAGAACUAAAGACAGACCGAACUGAAGAGGAGGCAGUACUGGGGACUGUUAGUGAGCAGAAAGCUACCAAUGUUGAAGAUAAGGAACAGCAGGAUGAACAGAGAGAAGGAGAGGAUGAGGAAGAGGAUGAGGGAGUAGAGGAAGCUGUUGAAGCUUUAGAGGAGGACGAUGAUGAACGAGAGAUGGAAGAUGUCUUAACAGGAAAAGAGAGGCAACAGCAAGAUGAUCAGGGAUCGAUGGGGAAGAGAUCUUUAAUUUGUGGAAUUGAGAAUGCUGCCUUUGUGGAUGACAAGGACAACAGGACCGAUUUGGAAUGUCAAGUGAAGGAGGAAUUCCAGGAAUAUGAGGAACUUCCAGGACUCUCUGUUGAGGAAGAUCCUACUCCAAAGAGAAAGAUCAAGUUCUCUACAGCACCAAUCAAGGUGUACUUUACCUUCUCUAAUGAAGAUUAUGAUCGAAGGAAUGAUGAUGUGGACCCUGUGUCUGCAUCUGCUGAGUACGAGCUGGAAAAGAGGGUGGAAAUGAUGGAUGCUUUACCUAUAGACAUUCAGAAAGGAAAUGAUGGCCUGGGAAUCAGUAUAAUUGGUAUGGGAGUUGGGGCAGAUCAAGGACUGGAGAAGCUGGGAAUAUUUGUGAAGACCAUCACCGAGGGAGGUGCAGCUCACCGGGAUGGACGAAUUCGGGUAAAUGAUCAGAUUGUGGAAGUAGAUGGAAUCAGUCUGGUUGGCGUCACUCAACUCUUUGCUGCUACCACAUUGAAGAACACCAAAGGUCUGGUCAAGUUUCUCAUUGGUCGGGAGAAACCAGGAGGGGAGAGCGAAGUGGCCCGUCUGAUCAGCGAGACCCUACAACACGAGACAAGCCCUGAAAACCAGGAGCCAAACGAUGAAGACCACCACAAACCCCAGAACCAUCAGCUACAGGAUGAAAAAACGAUUUCUCGAAUCCAUGACCAACAGGAAAUUGAACCACUGGCUGAAAAGAGUGUUGUGCAACAGAAAGAGACCGAAAAGAAGCAGGGGGCGGAGGAUGCAUCAAAUGACUUGGCACAAGUAGUGUUUUCACAACUGAGCAGCCAAGGCAUUGAUCUACCUGAAGAUAUCGAUCCUGCUGAGCUAGAACAAAAAUUCAAAGAGCUGCAGAUAAAACACAGUGUCACAGUAACAGAACUCAAUCAGUUGAGAGAAAAGCUGCAAGUGAGCGAAGCCGAACGUAAGUCUUGGGAGACUCGAGGUGCAGCUCUUGAAAGGAGUGUGGAAGAGAGCAGGGAGCGCAUUGAAAAGUUGGAAAAAUGCUGGCUUGAUGCUCAGGCCCUCUGUAAAACCAUCAACCAGCGUUUGAAUGAAGCCCAGAGUCAAAAUGAUUCCCUGCAGCUCAAAUACAAUAAGACCAUCACGCUUCUACAGGAUCAUCAACAGAGAGAAGCUGAAGGUGCAAGAAAAGAGGCGGAGCUGAAGAGAAAACUGGAGCAAAAGGAGAGAGAAUACAAGAGCACUGUGAGGCAGUUGCAGCAUAAGAUAGCUUGUCUGGAGGGCCGAACUGGAUCAGACCAGCCAGAAGAGUCUUGCAGCCCUGCAGGAGAGAGUCAACCUAGCAGUCCAAACUCUGGUUCCUCUGAAAGAAAUGGACUAUCUACAGAUGACCUUCACUCUGAUGCAGACUGGGGAGAUGUUCCUCAGACGGCUCGCCUGGACUGCAGUGUCUACAGAGCCAAAGCCAAACUGGCACAGGGAUCUCAGCGCAAGCGGCCAUCCCGAAAUAAACUCAGAGAGUCAGCGAGAGGCUCACAGGCACCAAGCCAAGCACAGGAAUCUAUGCGCAUACAAGACAACAAACAGGAAAGAUCAAACAGUGAAAGAAGGCGGUCUUACCUCGAGAGCCUAGCCAUACCUGUUCCAUCUAUACAGUUUGGUCACGACCAUACACGUGAACCAAGAAGUGAAGGCAGAGAUGAUGUAUUCAUUCAGGGCCAAACACCCCAAGGAAGCAGCAGCACACAAGCCAGCCUGUCUCCACCUAAAGACUCCUCCGCUCCCCAGUCCCCAUCCUCCUCACAGUCCUCCUCUAGUAUGUUCCUAAACCUGAGAAACAGGAGGAGCAAAGGCAAGGAGCGCAGCAAGAGCAGAGCAAGCAGAGAUGAAGAGAGUGAUGGUUCACCAGUGCGAAAGACCAAAAGACGAUUCCCAGAUUUCAGUGGUAUCCGCAGAUCUGGAGGCAAAGGCAAAAAACGGGAGAGCAUCACACUCAGAGGAUCUGUAGGGAGCAGGGGAUCGGGAGAGUUACUGGAUGAGUCCAGCGGCAAUGUUUCCCCCUCUGACUCCAUCUCUUCCAUCCCUUCCUGUAUGCCAUUUUUCUGGUUUGGGGACAGAGAGAGGGAAAAAGAGAGAGAGCGAGAAAAAGACCGUUCUGCGUCCAGUAGCAGUCUGCCUCGCUCUCCUUCAGAGGGAUACAUAGAGGAUCAUGCAAACAAGACCCUUGAUGAUGGCCCUCUUCCAGCGGCAAAGCAGUACAUGUGGCAGAACCGCCCACUUUCCGAGUGGACCAAUCAGCAGAUCUGCCACUGGUUGAUGGGCAUGAAUAUGGAACAGUAUAUAGCUGAGUUCACAGCUAAAGGUGUGGAUGGCCAGCAUCUCUUGUGCAUGGACAGCAGUAAACUUAAGGAGCUUGGCAUUUCUAGUCAAAGAGAUCGCUCCACUAUUAAGAGGAGAUUAAAAGACAUGAGGAAGGCUCAGGAAAAACUUGAUAAGCAGCAAGUAAAAAAAGAAAAAGAAAGGGGGAGAGAGAAAGAGGCCAAGAUUAAAAGCGGCCAAUCAACGAACCUUGAAUCAGCCUGCUGAGGUAGUAACAAUGUCAAGGGCUGCAAAUGUGCAUGCUCACCGUCCCAAGGAAUGAUAAUUUGUGCUGAUAGAAAUGGAGUAGACUCUCUCACACACACAGAUGAUUUGUAGACUGCUGAGAAAGUAACAACAUGGGUGAACACAUCAAAAUGCCAGAGGUUUUCUGCCAGUAAAGCCUGACGGAACACAUAUUACUGUAAAUGUGUCUUUGAUAAGCUUGUUAUUAAUAUCUCUUUUUGACACAACCCAGGAGUUAAAGAAUUGAUUCCUGUCCAUCACACUGACAUUCAACAUGCAUAAUGGCACUCUGAGAAAAUGGGAACUUGAUCUAAUUAUACAGAAAGGAUGUCAUUGCCUUUAACUGAUUUGCUUGAGGGCUAUGAGUGUUGAGUGUUAUAAAAUGCUGCACAUGGUGCUAAAAACUAUUUUACAGCUGUCCACCAGAGGGCACCGAUGUUAAAUAUCUGGCAGUCAGUAAAAAUGCCGAGAUUGUUAAUCUCGUUCUUUCGAUUUAAACGGCAAUUUAUCAUGAGCCAAACUGCUAGUGCACACUCUGCACUUUAGCCAAA